GUGAGCUUGGGUUAUUAACCCACGCCGUCCUAAGGCAACGACAAUCGGAGUGUGUCUGUCAUUCCGAGCACUUCCUUUUCUACGGAGAAAGGUUGUCUCCCAGUGGCAUUGAACCGACUAUAUAAACUCUUUCCAGCCGGUAGACAAGCUUUCAGUUCGCCAAACAUGUUGAAGUGGUCAUUGUGCGCCUUCGUCUUCCUCAGCAUCGUCGGAGUGAGCUACGUAUCAUCAAAUGCAGCAAGGGUGGUUUGCUACUUCAGUAACUGGGCCGUGUAUCGCCCGGGAAUCGGCAAGUACACGAUAGACGACAUACCUGGCGACAUGUGCACUCACGUCAUUUAUUCUUUCAUCGGAGUCAGCAACGUCACCUGGGAGUACCUCGUGCUCGACGAAGAGAUCGACGUGGAGCAGAACGGAUUCAGCAAUUUCACUAAGCUUAAGACCAAGUAUCCUCACCUGAAGACUUCCGUCGCUGUCGGCGGCUGGGGCGAAGGAGGAAGAAAAUACUCACAGUUGGUCUCCGUCAAACAGAGGAGGGACGGCUUCAUCAAAAGUGUCGUUGAUUUUAUGAACAAAUACGGUUUCGACGGUUUCGAUUUGGACUGGGAGUACCCAGGCGCGGCCGACAGGGGUGGAAGCUUCUCAGACAAAGACAGAUUUCUAUAUUUCGUCGAAGAACUGCGAAGGGCGUUCGACGCGGAAAAUAAAGGAUGGGAACUGACCAUGGCAGUGCCCCUCGCCAAGUUCCGUCUCAAUGAAGGCUACCACGUUCCAGAACUCUGCGAUAAUUUGGAUGCUGUCCAUGUCAUGGCCUAUGAUUUGAGAGGCAACUGGGCCGGCUUCGCUGAUGUCCACAGCCCCCUUUACAAACGUCCUCACGAUCAGUAUGCUUAUGAGAAACUGAACGUCAACGACGGCCUUCAACUCUGGGUGGACUUCGGGUGUUCUCCGGAUAAGCUUGUCGUAGGAGUGCCGUUCUACGGAAGAUCCUUCACUCUCAGCCAGGGCAACACCAACCACGGUCUUGGUACCUACAUCAACAAGGAGGCCGGAGGCGGCGCACCUGCUCCAUUCACGAAAGCGAAAGGAUUUUGGUCGUAUUAUGAGAUAUGUAUGGAGUUGCAAAAAGAAGACGGUGGAUGGACUCAGAAAUGGGAUGACGCUGGGUACUGCCCUUAUGCAUACAAAGGAACUCAAUGGGUUGGGUAUGAGAACACGACGAGUUUGAAGAUAAAAAUGGAUUGGUUAAAAACAAAGGGAUAUGCUGGCGCUAUGGUUUGGGCCAUCGACAUGGACGAUUUCAAUGCCGUCUGCGGUGAAAAGAACCCCCUCAUCAAAGUGCUCUGGGAAGAAAUGAAGGACUACCACGUUCCCAAACCGACUGUCACAACAACACCCAGGCCGGAAUGGGCCCGCCCUCCGAGCACAGCAUCGUCCAGUGGUUCCAAACCUAAACCGAAACCGACAACAUCGAGGCCAGCAGAAACGACCACCAAAAUGCCCACAACAUCCAUGGCCACAACAUCCAUGCACACAACAACCAUGCACACGACGACUGACUCUUCGACGACUCUCUCUUCCACCACGGAAAUGCCCUCCCCUACCUCUUCUCCCUUGCCAUCACCAGUCAGUACAGAAAGUACAGUGGAUUCUAGCAUGGAAAACGAAAAUUCAGAGCUUAAAUGUUCUGUUGAAGGUUACAGCCCUCAUAAGACAGACUGCAGUAAGUAUUACCAAUGUGUCCAUAAUAAGUUGGUUCCCUUCUCUUGCAAACCCGGGACGGCUUGGAACCAGGAGCUACAAAUCUGUGACUGGCCGGAGAAUACAAAUAGGCCUGAAUGUAAGAAGGACAACAGCAUUUAAAAAUUUGAUGUUAAAUAAUCAGUUUACUACAAUUAGAAAACUAUUGGUUGUCAAUAUUUAGUUUAUAUUUUAUCUAAUUAAAUUAAUUUAAAUUA